UCAGUCUCAGCUGCUGCAACCAUCUGCUGUGUGUGCUCAGCCUUUCACUUCUACUGAGAAAUGACGACAGGUUCCCCCCCUCCAAUCAGGGCUAGAACUGGGCCAAAGGUUGGUCAAGCCAAGGCAUUUCGUAAACGGGACUUAAAAAAAAAAACACUGAGAAGACAGGAGGUCUGAAGAGCAUCUACUUCAAACACUCAUUAAUUGAGCCAGUUAAAUGAUAAACCCUUUGUGACUACUGUUGGUUGGAUGUUUCUGCGGAUAUCCAUCCUUGGCAAGAUGUCAGAAGAACUUUUCCCUGGGGUGAUUUAAGAGACAAGCCCCCUUCACCUUGAAUGGUGGGACGGACUAAGCAAGACAGAGUAUUUAAGAAAGGAAAAGCAGAAGUCCCAGGAGGAAGUUUAGUAAGCAGCAUCAUGUUCCCUGAAAGGACCAACUAAAUCUUCUCCAAAGCUAAGAACUGAAACUACUCUGGUAAAGCUAAAUAUUCUCAUCAUCAUCGUCAGUUGUAAAGAACAGAUAAUGCCACCCCAAGUGCAAGCACGAAUGAAUGCCACUCCAAAAGUGGUCCAGGGAGACUUGAAGAGCCUGGCACCCAAUGUAAGAAAGUUCAUUGAAAGCAAUGCCAAGCUAUGCCAACCGAAGGCCAUCCACAUCUGUGAUGGAUCAGAGGAUGAGAACAAAAAGAUCUUGGAGCUCAUGGUAGAACAAGGCAUGAUCAAGAAGCUUAGAAAAUAUGAAAAUUGCUGGUUAGCCUGCACCGAUCCAAGGGACGUGGCCAGAAUCGAAAGCAAAACUGUAAUUGUGACUCCAGAGCAGCGAGACACCAUACCAAUCCCCCAAAGCGGAGUGAGCCAGCUGGGACGAUGGAUGUCAGAAGAAGAUUUUGAGAAAGCCUUCAGGAUCAGAUUCCCUGGGUGCAUGGAAGGUCGUACCAUGUAUGUCAUCCCAUUCAGCAUGGGACCGAUUGGUUCUCCUUUAUCCAAGUUUGGGAUUGAGUUGACUGAUUCUCCUUAUGUGGUGGCCAGUAUGAAAAUUAUGACUCGUAUGGGAACAUCUGUCCUAGAGGCUCUGGGUGAUGGAGAAUUUGUAAAAUGCCUCCAUUCGGUUGGGUGCCCUUUACCAUUAAAAAAGCCUCUAGUGAAUAACUGGCCGUGCAACCCAGAUUUGACGUUGAUUGCUCAGAUCCCUGAUCACAGGGAGAUCAUUUCUUUUGGAAGUGGCUACGGGGGAAACUCUCUUCUAGGAAAGAAGUGUUUUGCUCUCAGAAUUGCCAGCAGGAUUGCCAAGGAAGAGGGCUGGCUUGCAGAGCACAUGCUGAUUUUAGGUAUCACAAAUCCAAAAGGUGAAAAAAAAUACUUUGUGGCAGCUUUUCCUAGUGCAUGCGGAAAAACGAACCUGGCUAUGAUGAAUCCAUCUUUGCCAGGGUGGAAAGUGGAAUGCGUUGGAGACGAUAUUGCUUGGAUGAAAUUCGACGACAAAGGUAAUUUAAGAGCCAUCAACCCGGAGAAUGGCUUUUUUGGAGUUGCUCCUGGAACCUCCGUGAAAACCAAUCCCAAUGCUAUGAAGACAAUAAAAAAGAAUACCAUCUUCACCAAUGUAGGAGAAACUAGUGAUGGAGGCAUAUAUUGGGAAGGUAUUGAUCAGGAGCUUCCACCAGGAGUCACUCUCUUGUCUUGGAAAAAGAAAAAAUGGACUGCCGAGAAUGAGGAGCCUUGUGCUCAUCCUAAUUCCCGGUUCUGCUGUCCUGCUAGCCAGUGUCCUAUUAUUGAUCCUGCCUGGGAAAAUCCAGAAGGAGUCCCAAUUGAGGGCAUCAUAUUUGGAGGACGGAGACCUGAAGGUGUGCCUCUAGUUUAUGAGGCUCUUAACUGGCAGCACGGGGUAUUCAUUGGUGCAACAAUGAGAUCGGAAGCAACAGCCGCUGCUGAAUAUAAAGGAAAGAUCAUCAUGCAUGAUCCUUUUGCCAUGAGGCCUUUCUUCGGGUACAAUUUCGGUCAAUAUCUUUCCCACUGGCUCAGCAUGGCACAUCGGCCUACAGCAAAACUCCCCAAGAUCUUCCAUGUCAACUGGUUCCGGAAAGACGAACAAGGAAGAUUCCUUUGGCCCGGCUUUGGUGAAAACUCUCGGGUGCUGGAAUGGAUGUUUAACCGCAUCCAGGGAGAAGAAGACUGUGCGCAGCUGACGGCCAUUGGCUACAUCCCCAACCAAACAGGAUUGAACUUGAAAGGCUUGGAAAGGGUCAGCCUCCAGAAACUCUGCGACAUUUCCAAAGAGUUUUGGGAAAAGGAGGUGGAAGAAAUUAAGAAAUAUUUUGCAGAGCAGGUGAACGCCGACCUCCCUUAUGAGAUGGAAAGAGAAGUUAUUGCGUUAGAACAGAGAAUUAAACAACUGUAACAUUGACUGGACACUGUAGACCAGGGGUGUCAAACUCUAUUUCUUUGAGGGCCGCAUCAGGGUUGUAUUUGACCUCGGAGGGCUGGGGGUAGGCAUGGCCAGGGGUGGGCAUGGCCAGGGGUAGGCAUGGCCAGCUCGACAUCACUCAUGUCAAGGGUGCCUGUGGCCAAGUGCUAAGACAGGACUUCCCUGAGAUCUUCCCUCACUCUCAUUAUAAUCUUCCUUCCUUCCUUCCUUCCUUCCUUCCUUCCUUCCUUCCUUCCUUCCUUCCUUCCUUCCUUCCUUCCUUCCUUCCUUCCCCUCCUUCCUUAUUUUUCCUUCCUUGCUCUCUUCCCAUCUUCCCUUCUUUUUCUUUGUCUUUCCUCUUUCCCUUUCUCCUUUCCUGUCCCUUCUCGCAUGCUCAAAUGCAAAAAGGGAAACAUUUCUCCUUUUGUUUUGUUUUCGCUGCCCUCUGCUCCGUUUUCGCUGGCAGAGGGCUGCAGGACGCCGUCGUGGCUGAAAAAGGGGUGCGGAGGGGCCGCAUGUGAUCCCCCGUACUCUGUUUUCUCUGGCAGAGGCAUCGUGGGGCAGUCCUUUGCUGUUUCCAGGCUGGCCCCAUGGGCCAGAUCUAAGCACCCCAUGGGCCUAAUUUGGCCCAUGGGCCUUGAGUUUGACACCCCUACUUUAGAUGGUACUUUGAAAAGAAAUGUCCAACUUUUUUAGAAACUAGGCCUGAAAAUGUAGUAAAAUAGUGGCAAUAACAGUUGUGGCUGGAAGUAUCACUUGUGCAGUUUGAUUGGAGUAGAGGUCUUCCAGUCACUCAAAUAGUUGAAGCUGCUUCCUUACCUUGAAGCAACGAUUGUAGAGUUGAUCGGCAUUAUUGCUUCAUAAAAUAAAUGAAAUAAUCAGAGCUUUUGCUUGAUAAGCAGGUCUGCCUCCACUGCUAACUAUUGUACUCACACGUCAAGUCAGGUAUUCUUCCAGAAUAGCUGUGGUUCUCCCUAUAAACCUCCCUUGUGUGAAUUCCUCUCUUCCUCUAUCACUGCUCAUUGUAGGAUGUAGAGAUUCUGCACUUCAGUAAGCAGGAGGUGAAAGACUAAAAGCUACUCAACCCAGCAGCUGUCCAUUUUAAUUUGCAACAGCAUUAAGGUGGUGAUAAUGAUAUAAUCCAUAAUGUAAUGAUGAUGAUAUCUUCACUUACUUACUUGUCUUCUGGUACCAUAUUAAAGUGUCCUUGAAGAGAGCCAACUGUUCCUCAUCACAAUGACAUUCUUCAGCAUGUAGUUAAUAAUACUGAAUAAAAACUUGUAGACAUCUGCAUUGUUGCAACAACAGAUGAGGGACCAUCAGAAGGAGUAAUUAGCAGCUAAGGUAUUUCGUGAAAAUAAAGACACUCAAGAGAUUACUACUCCAUUGUGUCACACAGAAAACUGUAUUUUCUGUAUGCAAAAUAUUUUCUAUGUGCCUUAUGUUUUGUAUUGUGAUUCUGUCGUGUAUAGGGAAUCCUGAUAUGAUUCCAGAAUAAUAAAAUAUAGCUUUGUAUUUUG